AUGAACCCACGUGUAGAACUGGUUGAAGGCUCGCCACCUUACCUGCACACCCGCUACCUCAGCUCUGAGCAACAGGAGCACUGUUUUAAGAACCCGACUUACGCCACGCUCCUCACCGAGCUCAGAGCUCUCCGAGAAGAGAUCCAAGAGUCGCGAAUUGAGUAUGAAGUCGGCUUGCGUACUCAUCGACUGAACAAGCGCCAUCGGGAGACUCGGAAGCACGACCUUCGAGUCGCUGAGGAUCAUUUCAGGUCGGCAGACGACGCGCUGGCCAUGCUUGCUGAAGCUCUUGUCGUGGGUCCGGUCUUUCAGAUAAGCGAUGAGGUGAUGAUGGUGGAUGGGAACUGGAUGUGGCAGUUGCCAGGGCCGGAGCUGAGGAUGCAAAGAGAUAUGGCUAAUGUAUAG